UUAGUUUUGUAUACAAAACGGGUGCGAGUAAAAAAGGUGAAAUAAUCGUAAUUUUGCCACGGUGACUCGACAAUAUACCGCAAAUCCGGAUUCUACAACCCCCUGGCCAAUUCCAGCAGGGCUGGGCCAUCGUAUUUUGCCAUCGUUCCACGGUUCCGCCCGGUUCUGGGUCGACAUCGACGAUUGCGUGUGCGGUUGUGCGGCGGCGACUGACGUGGAACCAACGAGUUGUAGGGAUAUUGGGGGUCGUUCCGGAAUCGUUCCGGAGAUCGUUUAAGAGGAGCAUCACGCGAAAACAUGUUUGAAAUCACCGAUACACAGAAGAUUGGAGUCGGUUUGGCCGGCUUCGGCAUCGCCUUCCUGUUCCUUGGCAUGCUGUUACUCUUCGACAAGGGACUGUUGGCAAUAGGAAACAUAUUUUUUGUAUGCGGACUGGCGUGCGUAAUCGGAUUGGAGCGAACGUUUCGGUUUUUCUUCCAAAAGCAUAAAGUGAAGGCAUCGAUUGCAUUCUUCGGUGGCAUUUCGGUCGUGCUGUUCGGGUACCCGCUCAUUGGAAUGGUGAUCGAGAUGUACGGAUUCAUAUUGCUGUUUAGCGGCUUCUUCCCGGUGGCCAUCAACUUCCUGCGACGGGUACCGGUGUUAGGAACGUUUCUCAAUAUGCCCGGCGUGAGCCGGACCGUAGACUGGCUGGCAGGCGAAUCGGACCGAACAACGGACAAUCCGUACAGCAAAUGAAAACCGAACCCACUAACCAUAUCGGUUUCCUCGACUAGGGGAGUGCCAUUUGUUGAUCAUGAAAUCCACCUAAUAAAUAGUAUCAGUCGCAAACCAUCAGCCUGGACUAAUCAACCAUUAGUAGCGACCUCCUCCUGUAUUCGUAGACCAGGGCACGUGUUUGGCGUCAUUU